AAGGGCAGCUUAGCAACAUGGCGACUGAGCGAGGUGGUGGGGAUGAGGCGGUAGUGUGCCACAGCCGCACCUCGCAGCCACGUUUUAGUGAGCGAAGGUAUUCUGCGCUGGUAGUGGUGGGUCAGUACAGCCAUCCGGGGCUCCCGGAGAGUGUGGUGGCCACGGUGGAGCGAGGAAUACGCUCAUGGGAUGUGGACCUCUCUCAGUGCAACCUAGAUGAACAGCUGAAGCUCUUUGUUUCACGUCACACUGCUACAUUCUCUGAAGAAGUCAAAGGUAUGUAA